AUGCUAUUUGGUGACGCCAAAAAGUCUAUCAGCGCCGUCAAUACGUCUGCGACCGAAGUUUUGGGUAAAAAGGCCAAAACGGCGUUAAAAAAGGGUACCAAAAAGGGCGCAAUGCCCACAAAUGGGGAAGGAGGAAAGUACAAGUUCCCGUCCGCAAAUAGUUCGGUACCUGCGGGCGAGCAUGUGCUUAGUGAUGUGGGGCUUAAUCACGACACUGCGGUUAUAAGUAGCGGCAACGAGGAUGCGGAUGACGAACCCGAGUGGUUGCAAUACGCAACCUAUAAGUCGUUCGGAGUUCCCACAGAAAUUGCGGCCGGUGAGAAACGCGUUGCUAUGACACCCACAAGAGCACUGCAUCUGCGCAAAAUGGGAUUCCAGGUUUAUGUACAGUCAGGCGCUGGUGCUAAAGCGAACUUCACGGAUGCAGAGUACAAAGCAAACGGAGCCGAGGUUAUUCCCGAUGUAGCCGAGUUGUACGCGCGAUCGGAUAUUGUUGCUAAGGUAAACCCUCCCAUGGCAAUCGCUGACGGCAAUGGUCACGAAUGCGACCACUUGAGCCAGGGCCAGGUACUCAUCGCCUUCUUCCAACCGGCAACCAAUGCCCUUGCGUUGGACAAGUGCGUGGAGAAGGGCGCUACGGUGUUGUGUACAAGCUUGGUACCACGCAUCACACGGUCGCAGAAGCAAACCUAA